AUGCCCGACGAACCGGGGAGACAGCUUCCUGGACUCUACGCGGAGGGGAAGAUCCCGCAUGGAGAGCCACACCCUCGGUCCCGGGUGAAAAACCGGGGCAUGGCGACACCUGCGGUUGGCCUGAUGUUGAGACCUGACCGAGGCCCGCUUAAGCGCCGCCCUUACCUACCUCCAGGUGUGGCGACAGCAAAUGAUGUGGGCCUGGACGACGGGACCGCCGCCUCCUGCUCUUGCUCGGGGAAUAGGGGUGUCGUCGGCCCCUGUCCCAGCUCUGCUGCCUCCACCAGGAGGUGUCACUCCAUCUAUAAGGGCUUCGCUCAGUGUCUGAUGGCUCUGGGGGACAGCCUGACUGAGAGUGCCCAGAAGGAUGAGGAUACACAGGAGAUACACACCAUCUGCAAGUCCUGGGAUGAGUUUCAUGACUGUGCAAACGUGGCGAUGGCGGGCUGUCCUGAUGAGGCUGCUGCAGUCUGGGAGUCUCUGCGACAGGAGUCCAAAAAGAUGCAGUUUUCUGGUAACCUGUAUGACAUGUGCUCCAGUCGUAACCAACCAGCUGCCACCGCUGAUGCCCUGAGCCCACCCAACCAGGAAGAGAUUAACCAGGAGUCUCUAAAAGCACACACCCAUCGUCCAGGUCCCACCUCUUUCUGGUUGCUCCCCUUAUGUCUGUCCCUUCUGCUGCUGUUGCCCAGGAUAUAGGCACGAUCAGGGUGAAGGG